CCGGUUCAAAGCUAUCCCAUGGUUGAGCUCGGGAAACUUCUACAAUCUUCGUUUCUUUCUUCAAGCUGCAGGCACAUCCCUGAGCCUGAACAAUCACCUCCAUCGCCACUGCCACUGCCACCUGUAUGUAUAUAAACAAAUUACAGCAGCAGUAGGAGGAGGAGACAAGAACAAUUUAAGAAGAAGAAGAAGAAGAAGAGAUGGGUGUGGAUUACUACAAGAUAUUACAGGUGGAUAAGAAUGCAAAAGAUGAAGAUUUGAAGAAAGCUUACAGAAAGCUGGCUAUGGAGUGGCACCCUGAUAAGAAUCCCACUAAGAAGAAAGAAGCCGAGGCCAAAUUCAAGCAGAUCUCUGAAGCUUAUGAGGUUUUGAGUGAUUCAAAAAAGAGAGCUAUAUAUGAUCAGUAUGGUGAAGAAGGGCUUAAAGGGCAAGUGCCACCACCAGGUGCUGCAGGGGGACCUGGUGGGGCAUCAUUCUUCCAAACGGGAGGUGGUCCAAAUGUGUUUAGAUUCAAUCCAAGAAAUGCGAAUGACAUUUUUGCUGAGUUUUUUGGGCAUUCGAGUCCAUUUGGAGGGAUGGGAGGUGGCAGUGGCAUGAGGGGAAGUUCAAGGUUUGGCGGUGGAAUUUUUGGAGAUGACGUUUUUAGCUCGUUUGGGGAGGGCAGGCCUACGAGUGCAGCCCAUCGGAAGGCACCUCCCAUUGAAAAUACACUGCCUUGUAGCCUUGAAGAGCUUUACAAGGGUACGUCAAAGAAGAUGAAGAUCUCGAGGGAACUUGUAGAUGCCAGUGGGAAGACAUUACCCGUGGAGGAAACCAUCGACAUCAAGCCUGGCUGGAAAAAGGGUACAAAAAUUACCUUCCCGGAGAAAGGAAACGAAAACAAAAAUGUAGUCCCAGCUGACCUCGUCUUCAGAAUUGACGAGAAACCUCACAACGUAUUCACAAGGGACGGCAAUGACCUUGUCUUCACGCAGAAAAUAUCGCUUGCUGAAGCGCUGACUGGCUACAUAGUUCAUCUGACAACACUGGAUGGCAGAAUUACCAUUCCCAUCAGCAAUGUGAUUCAUCCGAGUUAUGAGGAGGUUGUUCCAGGAGAAGGGAUGCCAUUGCCAAAAGACCCUUCAAAGAAAGGGAAUCUCCGGAUCAAGUUUAACAUUAAGUUUCCGGCAAGGUUGACGGCGGAGCAGAAGUCCGGGAUCAAGAAACUGCUGGCGCCAUGAGGAAGAUGCAUGGCUGAGACGGAGAGUGUGCCUUGUUCGUACAUUUCUUUCCUUGGACCACGAUGAAUGGUUGUCAAUUUCUUGUAUUGUGCAGCGAGAUAAUUAAUUAAUGUUGUAAAACAAUCAAUAAUUAUUAUAAUAUGACAGUUUUGCUCAGCCUAGCUAAGCUAGAAGAAAGGAGGAUGAACAUUUACUUCUAAAACUCGAGGAAUUAUGUUUGGCUUAUGGUAUCUGUGUUUUUAUUUUUAU